AUGCCUGUAUAUAGAAAUACUCCAAUUCAUCGUAUUGUUCCGGGAUAUUGGUGCCAGGGUGGAGAUGUAGUGAAAUUUAAUGGCCUUGGUGGUACAUCCAUAUAUGGAGAUAGUUUCAAGGACGAAAAUUUCAAUUUGCGUCAUGCUGGUCCUGGUGUACUUUCUAUGUAUAAAACCAAUGAUAUGAAAGAAAAUAAUUCUAAAUUUAAUCUGACAUUUAAAACAUUGAAAACAAUGGAUGGUAGAAGAGUAGUAUUUGGAAAAGUUGUAUCCAAUCUUUCUGUAAUCUAUAAGAUUGAAGAAUAUGGCACAAAAUCUGGCAAGCCAAUAAAAUCUAUUAUCAUAUCAAAUUGUGGAGUUCUAUCAUCAAAAAGCAAUAUUCAUAAAUAAUAAAAAUGGUCUAGUGGUAUGUCAAUAUUUAUCCUUUAAU